GCUAUCUAGUAUAUAUAAAAUAAUAAUUGUAUUUCUUCUCUAUCGGCAGUCACCACCUCCCUCCUCUCUGUGUCCAUCUCGUCAGUAACAUUUAUUGGGGGCAACAAGAAAUUGAAGGACAUGAGAGGAAAUUGUGAAGUUAUAACAUCAAAAUGGGUUCCAAUUUAAACAGGUUGUAUACUGGGGUUGAUGAUCGGAUUCGGUGCUGGGUCUCUCUCCAUCGACGGUCUCUUUCCAUAGAGAACAUCAUGUGCUGAGAACGAACCCAAUAAAUUGCAGGCGAGGAUUUGGUCUUGAGUUUGGAUAUAUAUAUAUAUUCAUCGAACCCCCAAAUUCGAAGCCCUAAUUUUCAGUGUCAGCAAAUCCUCUCGUUCGCCAUUGAUUUUCAGCAAAUCCUCUCGUUUGCUUUCAAAUCUCCAUAUUCAGGUGACUCGAUCUCAAAUCUCCAUAUCCAGUUCAGUUCCAUUGCUCAUCGGUAAGCUCACCGGCAUCUUCCAAGUUCAUUGCCACCAUUGCCGUAAUUCAUUGAAGCUUCACGACUCCUACCGUCGUUACCGCCACCGUUCUGAUCCGCGACCAUCGUUAAGAACAAUCGUCGCCGUCCCGUGGGUUCAUCUUUGCUUGCCGUCGCCGUUUCAGUUCAACUCACUGCCGUCUGCCCGUGGUUCAGCGCCGCCAUCGCGAACAGUCAUUGUGUUCUCCGGUAAGCUCGCCGUCGCCGAACACCUCUGUCACUACCGCUGCAGAACAGACCCACUUCUCACCGGUAUUGAAGUUCUUGUUGUUGCCGGAGUUGGAGGCCAAAGAGAGGGAAAAAAAAAAGAAAGGGAGGUGGAUUGGAGAGAGAGCAGUUGUGGAGGCGGCCGUGGACAGUGGAGGUGGUUGUGAGGGAAGAAUAUUCUGUGGGGGAGAGAACAGUGGCGGUGUCGGUGGUGGCCAUGGGCGGACGGUGGAGGUGGCGGCCAUGGACAGAUGUUGAAGGUUGUUUGAAGAGAAAGGGUAUGUAAUAUAUAUAUAUAUUUGUAUAUAUUAUUCCUCUGGGUAUAUAUGGGUGUAUUUGAUAAGGUUGUUUUUGUCCUUAUAGAUUUUAACCAGUCACGUGAGUCAUGUGCCUUCUUUGGACGUUAGAUUUCAAACGGCCCACUAACGUUUUGCAACCAUUGAAAUAGUUCAGGGCGGCUUAUUAGGAAAGAGAAGACAGUUGAGGGGGGGUUUAAUGCACUUAACCCUAUAUAUAUUUGGAAGUUCAAAAUUGUACGCUUCUCUCUUUAAUCGGUGCUAGUCUCCAAGUGAGCUUGUUUUGCAAGGCUCGGCUGGGUGGUUUGAAGAACUCAAAGAAGAAGAAGCGGAAAUGGUCAGCAAGGCGUGGAGGAUAAUUCCCAGACCACUUCUCGAAACAAUACUGAACAACCACGCCCAGCACCACAGAGUCCAUCAACCUCUCAUCCUCCACGGCCCCCGCGGCGUCGGCAAAACCACUCUCAUCCUUGAACGUCUCCUCGAAAACUGGAACACGGGUCCUCACAUCACCGGCUAUGUCGACUUUGCCCAAUCCAUCGAAGGCCACCACCCACACCACGGAGAAUCAUUCCCGUGGGCGUCUUGGACCAACUGUCCAUCACCCACUUUACCCAAUCUUCGUGCCCAACUCGAACAAUGUCUCGAAUCAAUUGCUCAAAAGGGUGUCAAACUCGGCACCAUUAGUUCCCACCAAAUCUUCACAACCCUCCGCAAAUGGCACGGCCUCAACACCGCGCUUCGCCGGAUACUUCAGUCGGAUACUAGCGCCUGCUCGAGCUCGAAGAAUGCUGUGUCUGAUAAGGCUUCCACUUCGGUUUUGUGGAACCGGGCUGUGUUCACACUAUCUGCUCGAUUAAAUGCCAAAGAGAUUGAUGGAAUUUUGGGAUUGAAAGAGAAAGGCCAAAAAGUGAGUGUGGAAGAGGCUUCGUAUUAUAGGGAAGCAAUCGUGGCGUUAGAGUUGGCUAAGGAGGUGAUAACGAUUCAGCAAGGCUGGAGAGCUAAUGCUGUGAAGCAUUUGAAUCAGACGGGUGGGUUUUCGAGGCCUUUGGCGAAUUCAGCUACUGAUUGGCCCUGUUUGUUGUUGGAAUUGUUGUCAGCAGCUGCUGAGACUGAUUACUUUCAGCCAAAGCUGGUGAUAAACAAUAUAGAUGUUCUCAAGAAUGCUGUUUUAACAGAUGAUUCAACAGUCCGUGCAUCUCUGUAUCAUGACAGUCUGAUAUGGAGAAUAAUUGCUUUGGGUGCGAAUGAGAAGUGUUUGCCUGUCAUUCUUUUGACAUCGGAUAGCUACUAUUCAUACCGAGCUUAUCUGGAUUUUGGAUUUCCAGACAUAUUCAUCUCUCGUGAGACCUUUGGAUGGACUCAACAAGAAGCAAAAAUGCAUAUGGUUACUGAUUAUUUCAGUCACUCCGAGUGGAAUGUGAUUGCCGAGGUGCUAGGGCCAAACCCACGACAUCUUUUUGAGCUUUAUGCGCUAAAACAAAGCAACUAUUUCCAGAAGGUCAUGGAUGACAGGGGCAGUACAUUUGAGGAUAUUGUAGAUGCUUAUUUAGCAUAUUUGCAGGUGACUGUAGUUAAUCCUGCCAUGGAUAAAGCAUUGUCACUUCUGCAAAAAUUUGCUAUUGAUGCACGAAGCGGAAAAAUUUCAAAAGAUAGGUUACGUUUUGGUGCUCCCUGGAGGCAUCCUCCAUCGAAAGAAAACCAUGCCCAACGCAUAGAGUGGGCUAAGCUUCAAUUAAUGGAUUUUGUUCACUCUCUAGUCAAAACAGAAUUUGGGGUUAAUUAUCUAGCUGAUUGUAGCCUUGAGUACCUGGAUGAUCCUUCUGCUGUUGCAUUGUUAGAGGUCGGUUUGCUCUAUGCCCAACGGGAUCCAUCCUUUAUUCGCCCCAUAUCUCGGGGUAUUCAGAGAUGUCUUGUGAGAUGGCUUGUCCAGGAGCAGAUGCAAAUGGGCUUUCAGAGGUCACUCCAGUUUAUGUGGCAGAAAGUUAUACGAGGCCGUAGCUAUCGCCAUUUGAUGUUAGAAGUAGGCUAUAAUAAAUAGAGCAUGGGGUUAGCAAGGCAGAGACUACUCUUUCAACAAUGCAAACCUCUAUGUAAGCAUCACAUCUAACUAAAGGAGACGCACCAUAACCUGCACAUGCUUAUUCUUGAAAAUUUGAUACAUUUUAAUAUCGAAGACUCAGAACUUGGAGACAAGAGUGUCAUCUGUCAUUCCAAGACUUCAGGUAAUAAAGUGUUCUGACACGACAAUCACCAUAAAUUGAUUAAGGAACUCACUCCUUAAUUGUUGAAAGUUUUUUGCUUCAUACAACACCUACAGUAUUGAUAUACAAUAGGAUUUUGAAGAGAAAUACAUCAAGCUCAAUGCCUAGGUUUGUGAGCUUUAAUCAUUACUAGGUGGUUGGACGGCUGGCUCUUACUUCCAAUACUCCCUGUGCUUUUUUUUUUUCCCCGGGAAGAGAGAUAAAUGUGAAGCAACGUCUUCGCACGAAGAGAUUGUUUUCUAGCUCGUUGUGACAUAUGGAUACUGGAAAUUAUUUAGGACUGCAGGUGGAGCCUGCAACUACACUGUAACCUAACACACUCUUAUAUUAUAUUGAAUUUUGAUUAGUGCUUUAUAGCU